ACAGUGACAAUGACAACCAGUGUUUGUUUUGUGGUUUUGUUGUAUUUUUGCUAAUGUUUAUAUUUAAUAUCUACCUAUUCUGUCUGUUUGUUCAUAAGAUUUUGAAUUAAAAUGUCUUCAAAUUACGAUUUUAGUGGUAUAGAAAGUAACAAGAUAUGUAGAGUGUGCUUAACUUCAGGCGACAAUGUUUACGCAAUGACUAAUUCGGAGAUAUUCGCUUAUAGAGAAGUAAUACCGACAAGUACUUACAAGGUUGUAUGUAACUAUUCAGAUAUGUUCAUGUGCAUUUACUGCAGUUAUUUAUUAAGGAAAAUCCAGAAGUUUAUCCAUCAGUGCCUCAGAGCAGAAGAUAUACUGACAAAUUGUUAUGAACAGGACUCAAAGUUGCACACGCACAAACUCCAUAACUUCACUACCAACACGGUGACUCACAAGUUUCCCGAUGAAGAUGAGUCAGAUCGUGAUUAUGAUGACGAUGUUCCAUUGGUGAUGUUCAAGACUGAUGAAGAACCAGUGAAGAAAAAGAAGAAAGCUAAGAAAGUGAAAUCUGAAAAACAACUAGAGGCAAUAAAAAUGGAACCAAGUGAAACGCAAGAUGACACAAGACAGAGACAGAAGAAGACAAAGCUUAAGAGACAGAAGGUGGUGAAGGAAGGUUUCUCAUCCAGGAUGGUGCAGGAGACGAACGAAUAUGUUGUUAUUAAACUGACUAAGGAGCAGGUUUUGAAAGAAAUGGAGGAAUAUUCAAAGUCCGAGGAGUACCAGCGCAGCUUGUACAAGUGUGGGUGCUGUGUUAAAUGGUUCAACUUCGAGGAAGUUCUUCUCAAACACAUGCAGAAACACACGCCCGUAAGUGAAAGUGGUUCGUUGAAAUGCGACAUUUGCUCUCAGUACUGUCCCAGCGCGGUCUCAUUGCGUGGGCACAUGAAAUCUCACACCACCAGGUACUCGUGCAAGGUGUGCGGCCUCGUGCGCCGCGCGCGCCAGCACCUGCUGGAGCACCACGCCAUAGCGCACACCGACAACAGCGCCGUGUACAGGUGUAACACUUGUCCCUUCACCACCAACAAACGCACAGUGAUGCAGCGCCACGGCCGCUCACACUUGACCAGUUCUAGGUUCCCGUGCGAGCGUUGUGGUGCUCUGUUCAAAUCCUAUGAGACAUUAGUGGUUCAUAUGCACCGCCACUCGAGACUGGCGCUGCAGUGCGCGGAGUGCGGAGCGGCGUUCGCGCUGGCGGCCGCGCUGCGCCGCCACCAGCGCUCGGCGCACGCGCACACCGACUACUACUGCGUCGAGUGCGAUUUGAAGUUCAAGACUCCGGACAAUCUGCGAAUACAUUUCAAAAGGGCUAAAAGACACCGAGACGCGUCCUCGUACAAACACAGCUGUCCACAAUGCGCCCAGAAGUUUAUGACACUUUCGUCUUUGACUGGACAUUUGUCAUCUGCCCACGGUUUACCUAAAGAACACAGCUGUGACACCUGUCACCGCGAGUACAGCACUCGCUCCGCGCUCCGGGCGCACGUGAGGAGCGCCCACUCGCCGCACAAGCCCGUCGAGACUUGUCGAGUUUGCUCCAGAACUUUCACUCGCAAGAGCGUGCUGUGCGCGCACGAGCGCACGCACUCGGGCGCGCAGUGCGGCGCUACGUUCGCGCAGGCCGCCACGCUGCGCGCGCACAAACAUGCGCAGAAAGAAAAGUGCAGUUUGAUAGACGAAAUUGCCCAAGACAUCCAAAAUGAAGGUUAAAUGAUAUUAAAUCCAGUGGUUUUAUAUCAUUUUUAUAUUUACUGUCUAUUUACUUCGCGUCUAUGUUUGUAAUACACGAAGUAAAUGGACAACUUGUGAAGGAAUCAGAGUUCAAAACUUGCAACUUAUAGAAUUUGAUAACGAUAACGUAAAUGAAUGUAUUGUGUAAAGGAAUUUUAAUAAAAAAUCAUUGAUAUAAUAUAAUAUUUUAUUAAUAAAAAUAAACUCUAUCAUUAUAUUAUAUGAACAA